AUGGUAGAGGAGAGCAGAAUAGCACAAGCAUGCUCGGACAAAAUUCUGAAGAAUAUGACGAGAGACAAUUUAGGAAAUUCUAAGUGGAAGGAUGAAAGGAAAAAAGGAGGAGGGUUUGUAAUAAACGAGAAGGGGUACUGGAAACCUGUACAUGAUCCUGCAAAUGAAGCUGUACAUGAUUCUUCAAAGGAACAUGUAAACGAUCCUCGAAAGAGACCUAUACAUGAUCCUCCAAAGAAACCUGUACAUGAUCCUGCAAAGAAACCUGUACAUGAUCCUGCAAAGGCACCUGUACAUGAUCUUGCAAAGGAACCUGUGUAUGACCUUCCAAAGAAACCUAUACAUGAUCCUGAAAAUGGACCUGUACAUGAUCCUGUAAAGGACCCUGCUCAUAAUCCCGCGAAUGAACCUAUAUGA